CUUUCAGAGCUUUCCAUCGUGCCCCCCCGUUGGCUGUUAACAGCGUGCACGUUCACGGCUGCGCUGCGCGGCCACGUUGUUUUGCUGUCACGAGCCUUCCGACAGUGAGUGGAAGCUGGUGAAUUACAACGGACACCACAUUGAGGUCAACACUUGCGACAACAAAAACAGGCAGUACCACAGAUUUCUAUUGUUCCAUGGCAAUUUAAAACCUGCCGAGUUAUUCGGGUCAGCUGGUGAUGUUUUGCUGUUUUUGAAUGAUACAGCUAGCCAGCUAGCUGUUGAACUAGCUUAACGGUCCGCGCGAGUCGAAGAAACUUAACAUCAUUUUCCAAUCGACAUUCAUACCAACACGCCUGUCUGCUUUCAUCUCAAAGACAUCCAACUAGUAGACAUUUUUAAGCUCAACGGCUUCUUCUUCUAGGUGUUGCGCGUCACUUCUAGCCCGAGUGAGGUAAGGUUUGAAUGAAAUAACGUUAGCUUGUCAUAGCUAGCGGAAACAAGCCAGCUAACAAGGAAAGCGUUAACCUGUCUUGCUGCUGGACGCUUCCUCUCCGUCCAGUGAGUCUAGCAAAUGCUACUUGGACUAGCCGCCGUCAAACAUACAGUCUGUAGUUGGACAAGUGUUAUUUACCGAAUUGUGAGGAGCGACUGGACGUGCAAAUUAGCUAGUUCCUUCUAGUUAAGUUGGCCAUCUUCCCUCCAGUCCAGCGUGAUAGGCUGUCCAGCAUCGGCUUGUUUUUCCAGAUAAGGCCGGAGUGAGAAAAAGAAUCUGCAAAAAUGCCGGCUGUGUCGAAGGGAGAUGGAAUGCGCGGAUUAGCCGUUUUCAUCUCGGACAUUAGAAACUGUAAGAGCAAGGAGGCUGAAAUCAAACGGAUAAAUAAGGAGCUUGCCAACAUCCGCUCCAAGUUCAAAGGUGACAAGGCUCUGGAUGGUUACAGUAAGAAGAAAUAUGUCUGCAAGCUGCUCUUCAUCUUCCUCCUGGGCCAUGAUAUUGAUUUUGGACACAUGGAGGCAGUCAAUUUACUUAGCUCCAACAAGUACACAGAGAAACAGAUUGGCUAUCUGUUUAUCUCAGUGCUGGUGAACAGCAACAGUGAGCUGAUUCGUUUGAUCAAUAAUGCCAUCAAGAAUGACCUGUCCAGCCGUAAUCCAACCUUCAUGUGCCUGGCACUUCACUGCAUCGCCAACGUGGGCAGCCGGGAGAUGGCUGAGGCCUUUGCCAGUGAGAUCCCUCGCAUCUUAGUGGCUGGGGACACGAUGGACAGUGUUAAGCAGUCGGCUGCCUUGUGUUUGUUGCGCCUCUAUAAGACAUCUCCUGACUUGGUGUUAAUGGGUGAAUGGACAUCACGUGUGGUGCACCUGCUCAACGACCAACACAUGGGUGUUGUGACAGCAGCAAUCUCUCUCAUCACCUGUUUGAGCCAGAAGAAUCCAGAUGAGUUUAAGACAUGUGUUUCUUUGGCUGUGUCCCGACUCAGCCGGAUUGUGUCAUCAGCCUCAACUGAUCUGCAGGAUUAUACCUAUUAUUUUGUACCUGCCCCUUGGCUGUCCUGCAAACUGCUGCGAUUACUGCAGUGUUACCCUCCACCAGAAGAUGGUGCAGUCAAAGGCCGUCUGGUAGAGUGUCUGGAGACUAUCUUGAAUAAGGCUCAGGAGCCGCCCAAAUCUAAGAAGGUGCAGCAUUCCAAUGCCAAGAACGCCAUCUUGUUUGAGGCUAUAUCACUAAUCAUCCACUAUGACAGUGAGCCAAACCUUCUGGUGCGAGCCUGCAACCAACUUGGCCAGUUCCUGCAACACAGAGAGACCAAUCUACGUUAUCUAGCUCUGGAAAGCAUGUGUACUCUGGCCAGCUCAGAGUUCUCCCACGAAGCUGUCAAGACUCACAUUGAGACCGUUAUCAAUGCACUCAAGACUGAAAGAGAUGUAAGUGUUCGACAGCGGGCGGCUGAUCUGCUUUAUGCUAUGUGUGAUCGCAGCAACGCUAAGCAGAUUGUAGCAGAGAUGCUGAGCUACCUGGAGACAGCGGACUAUUCCAUCAGAGAAGAGAUGGUGCUGAAAGUAGCCAUCCUUGCAGAGAAGUACGCUGUGGAUUACUCCUGGUAUGUAGACACUAUUCUUAACCUCAUCCGCAUUGCCGGGGACUAUGUCAGCGAAGAGGUUUGGUACCGGGUCAUUCAGAUUGUGAUCAACCGAGACGAUGUGCAAGGCUAUGCCGCCAAGACAGUCUUUGAGGCCCUGCAAGCCCCGGCCUGCCAUGAGAAUAUGGUGAAGGUUGGAGGGUACAUUCUGGGAGAAUUUGGGAAUCUGAUUGCUGGAGAUCCCCGGUCCAGUCCCCUGGUCCAGUUCAACCUUCUCCACUCUAAGUUCCACCUGUGCUCUGUGCCGACCCGUGCCCUUCUUCUGUCGGCUUACAUCAAGUUUAUUAACCUGUUCCCAGAAACUAAGGCCACCAUCCAGGAGGUGUUGCGCUGCGAUAGCCAGAUCCGCAACUCAGAUGUUGAACUGCAGCAGCGAGCUGUGGAGUAUUUGAAGCUCUCUUCUAUUGCCAGCACGGAUGUCCUGGCCACUGUUUUGGAAGAGAUGCCUCCGUUCCCUGAAAGGGAGUCAUCAAUUCUUGCUAAGCUAAAGAAGAAGAAGGGGCCAGGAGCAGUUUCUGUCACUGAGCUAGAAGACAGCAAAAGAGAGAGCAGCGAGUUGAAUGGAGCAGGAGAACGGGGACCGGACCAAUCAGUCAUGGCUGCCUCUAAUGCAUCUACUCCAUCUCCAUCAGCCGACUUGCUGGGGAUUCGUUCUGCGGCUCCAGUUAGCACCGCUCCAGCCGGUGCAGGCAGUCUACUGGUGGAUGUUUUUUCAGAGGCGGGACCCACUGCAUCUUCUGGUGCAGUGAACGAUGACGGCUUCCUCAGCUCUGCUCCUCCCUCUGAGGAUCCUGCUCCUCCUUUAUCUGAAGCAGAGGAGCUUCUUAACAAGUUUGUCUGCAAGAACAAUGGGGUUCUGUUCGAAAAUCAACUUCUGCAGAUUGGCAUCAAGUCAGAGUACAGACAGAACCUAGGGAGAAUGUAUUUGUUCUAUGGCAACAAGACAUCAGUACAGUUCGCCAGCUUUACCACCACAGUGAACUGUCCUGGAGAGCUUCAGACUCAGCUCAACGUUCAGAGCAAACCAGUGGAACCACUAGUGGAGGGUGGAGCACAAAUCCAGCAGGUCCUGAACAUUGAGUGCCUGACAGACUUCUCUGAUGCUCCACUUCUCAACAUCAAGUUCAGAUAUGGAGGAGCUCUGCAGAACCUGACUCUCAAACUGCCGGUCACCAUCAAUAAGUUCUUCCAGCCAACUGAGAUGGCCUCUCAAGACUUCUUCCAGCGCUGGAAACAGCUCAGCCAGCCUCAACAGGAAGCACAAAAGAUAUUCAAGGCCAACCACAGCAUGGAUACCGAAGUAAUCAAAGCAAAGCUGCUGGGUUUAGGAAUGGCCUUAUUGGACAACGUUGACCCCAACCCUGAGAACUAUGUUUGUGCUGGAGUCAUCCAGACCAAGAGCCAGCAGGUCGGCUGUCUGCUAAGACUGGAGCCAAACGCUCAGGCUCAGAUGUAUCGCCUGACUCUGCGCUGCAGCAAAGACUCCGUGUCCAAGCGUCUCUGUGAGCUGCUGGCCCAGCAGUUCUAGAGUCCAGGCCCUGACGAGUACUCCCACCGUCCCCCACCCCACCAGCGACCUCUCUCUCUACAGCACCCCUCCCACACCUGUCCUCCUGCCUCCAGCAAAGAGUCUUUAAUUUGGGGGAGGGGGAAUAAAAAAAGGUGUAACCUACAUAAGGGAAAGUGCUGUCGCUGCCUGCAGCAAUAUUAUUGUCAUUAUCCUUGUCCCAGAUUCUGAUUCCAGUUCAUCUUUUACUUGUUUAUUAACAUGAUGCUACAAUCUAGUUUUUGUUGGUUUACCUGUGUAGCUGGUGUGUGAAUGGCUAGGAGUGAAAGAUGGUGUGUGUGUGUGUUUGUGUGUCCUGUGGUUGGGCUGGGGUUCUCAUUCUGUUCAUCCUGACCGCUUUGGAAAAGAUAUGUGCAACAUUCCUUGAAGACAAGUGGGAGAAGCUAUUAAUGGCGCACCCAUUCACUACUACACCCAACCCGCACACGCUAUUCCCAGUGGUCAAGGCUGCAAAAGGAAAAUCGAGCAUUCCUGCCAAAAAAAAUUAAAAUGCACUUGAUGUGUUGGGAUCCUCCUGUUCAUUCCUUUCAUCCAGCCCUGCUUGGAGUUAACCCUUCAUUUCAGUAGAUUGUGCACUUGUUCUUAUCGUGUAUGUAAAUAUGUGCCAGUGAAUCACUUUAUUUUUGGACACAUUCCCUUUGUUUGCUGAAGGUUAACAGAACGGACACUAGAUUGCAGAGAUAAGACGGUCCCAUUCACCGUACAGCUAAAGGAGGCAGAGAGGACAUUUAUUGUCCCCAUCUCAUCACUGCUGUCUUUUAAACUUGUAGAGCUGGAGCUUUAUUUUAGAGAGAGAGAAAAAAAUAUCCCAUUUGUGUUUAGCAGGAGAGAUGUGUGCAGACCAGGGAGAGGUGAGGUCCUGUUUUACUCCUCUGCUUGUGGAUGUGACGCAUUGUGGAAGGAAAUGUGGAUUACUACUCAAAUAUUUACAUGGAGGAUAUUUUUUUUGCUUUGAAAUGAAGCCUUGUAUUGGCAGCCCAGUAUAGUUAGAAAGAUGAGGCUCAUUUACAUUUCCACAAGUCCAUAUUUCUACUGAUGAGCGAAUCCUGCACAGAUGGAUUUCUGCUGUUUUAGUGGGAUGUGGAACCAACCACUACAAUAAAUCUUUGAAGUUUAGAUUGCUUUAUCAGCUCUGCUCUGGGAUUCCCGUCACUUUGAAGCACUGAUUUUGUGGCGAGGACAGGAUGUGAGACACCCCAAAGUCCUUUCCAGCUACAGGGGAGUUGGAGUGUGAGUGUGAAUGGUUGUAUGUGAUAGUAAACAGGUGGGGGGGCCUAAAGACAUUUCUAACACAUUACAUUCUGUGACUGCACAGCAGUUGCUGGACAUUGAACUUUGUAGUGGAAAAUGUAGUCAUUUUUGUGAGUGUGUGUAAGUGAGUUUGUGUGUGUCUAUGCAGUAUCCACUAGCUAAUGCAGCCUCAUGUAUCGGUGUUAAGAAGCUGUCCAAUACCUGUGUUUAGACUUAAGAUUUACUCUGUAAUUGAAAAAUGUGAAGUAAAACUAUGCCAUAUAUCUGA